GCCAGAGCCACAGUCCGCGCCCGGCGCAGCCGCCGAGCCUAAGGCGAGCGCGCCUCUUGCCCGCCGCCCGUCCCCGCUGCCCGCAGCCUCGUCCCCACCGCCGCCGCCCCCGGGGCAUGGCCUGUCUGACGGCCGCUUUCUCGGUCGGCACCGCCAUGAAUGGCAGCAGUCACUCUGCAGCAAUGACAGAGCCCAAGUCAGUGUGCGUCUCUGUGGACGAGGUGGUCUCCAGCAGCAGGGAGGUGAUAGAGAUGGAGCUGCUGAACGGACUUUUGAAGAAAGAGGAUAACAGUCUCACAGAGGCCCAGCGCCUCUCCUCCCUGCCGCGGAGGGCGGCUGUGAACAUCGAAUUCAAGGACCUUUCCUACUCGGUCCCAGAAGGUCCCUGGUGGAGGAGGAAAGGAUACAAGACCCUUCUGAAAGGAAUUUCUGGGAAAUUCAACAGUGGAGAGCUGGUGGCCAUCAUGGGUCCUUCCGGGGCUGGGAAGUCCACGUUCAUGAACAUCCUGGCCGGAUACAGGGAGACGGGCAUGAAGGGCGAGGUCCUCAUCAACGGCCUCCCGCGGGACCUACGCUGCUUCCGGAAGGUGUCCUGUUACAUCAUGCAGGACGACAUGCUGCUGCCUCACCUGACCGUGCAGGAGGCCAUGAUGGUGUCUGCGCAUCUGAAACUCCAGGACAAGGACGAAGGGAGACGGGAGAUGGUCAAGGAGAUCCUGACGGCCCUGGGCCUGCUCUCUUGCACCAACACGCGGACCGGCAGCCUCUCGGGCGGCCAGAGGAAGCGCCUGGCCAUUGCGCUGGAGCUGGUGAACAACCCUCCGGUCAUGUUCUUCGAUGAGCCCACCAGCGGCCUGGACAGCGCCUCCUGCUUCCAGGUGGUCUCCCUGAUGAAGGGGCUGGCCCAGGGGGGGCGGUCCAUCAUCUGCACCAUCCACCAGCCCAGCGCCAAGCUCUUCGAGCUGUUCGACCAGCUUUACGUCCUCAGUCAAGGACAGUGUGUGUACCGGGGAAAAGUCUCAAAUCUUGUACCGUAUUUGAGGGAUUUAGGUCUGAAUUGCCCAACCUACCACAACCCGGCCGAUUUUGUCAUGGAAGUCGCGUCCGGUGAAUAUGGCGAUCAGAACGGCCGCUUGGUGAGAGCUGUCCGGGAGGGCAUGUGUGACUCUGACUACAGGAGAGAGCCCGGAGGUGAUGGCGAGGUGAACCCUUUUCUUUGGCACCGGCCCUCUGAAGAGGUAAAGCAGGCAAAACGAUUGAAGGGGUGGAGAAAGGACUCCACUUCCAUGGAAGGCUGUCACAGCUUCUCUGCCAGCUGCCUCACCCAGUUCUGCAUCCUCUUCAAAAGGACUUUCCUCAGCAUCAUGAGGGAUUCGGUCCUGACACACCUGCGGAUCACUUCCCACAUUGGCAUCGGCCUCCUCAUCGGGCUGCUCUACUUGGGGAUCGGGAACGAAGCCAAGAAGGUCCUGAGCAACUCCGGCUUCCUUUUCUUCUCCAUGCUCUUCCUCAUGUUUGCAGCCCUCAUGCCCACCGUCCUCACGUUUCCCCUGGAGAUGGGAGUGUUUCUUCGAGAACACUUGAAUUACUGGUACAGCCUGAAGGCCUACUACCUGGCCAAGACCAUGGCUGACGUGCCCUUUCAGAUCAUGUUCCCCGUGGCCUACUGCAGCAUCGUGUACUGGAUGACGUCCCAGCCGUCCGACGCCGUGCGCUUCGUCCUCUUCGCGGCGCUGGGUACCAUGACCUCCCUGGUAGCGCAGUCUCUGGGCCUGCUGAUCGGAGCCGCCUCCACCUCCCUGCAGGUGGCAACCUUCGUGGGCCCCGUCACGGCCGUCCCCGUCCUCCUCUUCUCAGGAUUCUUCGUCAGCUUCCACACAAUCCCCACCUACCUGCAGUGGAUGUCCUACAUUUCCUAUGUCAGAUAUGGGUUCGAAGGGGUCAUCCUCUCCAUCUAUGGCCUCGACCGCGAGGACCUGCACUGUGACAUCGAUGAUACGUGCCACUUCCAGAAGUCGGCGGCCAUUCUCAGAGAGCUGGACGUGGAGAACGCCAAGCUCUACCUGGACUUCAUUGUCCUGGGGAUUUUCUUCAUCUCCCUGCGUCUCACUGCCUACCUUGUGCUGAGAUACAAAAUCCGGGCAGAGAGGUAAAGCACUGGAAAGCCAGAGAGAGGAAAAUCGGACACAGUGGCCAAGGGCCACUUGCAGAACCUGCGGCAAGCCCGGGCCCGAGGACACAGACACUCCUGUGACCCAACCCCUGGGACCACAUUUGGUUGUUGGGCGUCCAGUGCUGGAUGGACAUCGCCGCCCUGCUGGGUUGGGCCUUCUCUCCAUUACCCUUUCUAGCUGUAACUAAGAAGAAGAAGUAGAAAGGUUUUUUUUUCCACGUGCAGGAUUUUAAAAUACCACCCCUGAGGCAGAAUUUAAAACUGCAACAAAGCUGGUGACGAGAGGGUUCCUCGGCAAAAUUCUUCCUUCUGACCAGGGAGCUCUGGUCCUGGACUGGGGAUUCAGGCAGCUUCCUGGGAAUCCCUGUGCAGUCAGACGUCCAGGGGCAGAAAGGCAAAGCCAGGAGCGAUUCCAUUCUGUGACUAGUGUUUUCGUAGUUUCACCUUUCUACGGUUUGUCUCUUUUUCCAACGAGGUCAUUUUCCAAGCCAAAAGUCGAUAAAUUUCAUUCAUUUCCAGAAACUGUACCUUUUUAGUACUUGGUGAAGAAAAUUAUUCAGGGUAAAUAUACUUUGUUUAGAGAUGAGAGGGGUUUGAUUUGAUCGCUGAGCUGGUCUCAUUUACAGACAGAACUUGGGAAAGACACAGAAGCCGGCUCCAGGUUGAAGGGUGACCUUGGAACCGUACGCACUAAGCCGUGUGGAAAUCUUUUAAAGUUACACAGAAAGGUGUAAGGUGAAAUUGGCCAUCUCUUUCAAAGUCUUUUAUUUUCCCCGUGCUUCUUAUUUUAAGCAAAAUAUAUUGGGUUUUUUUUUCUUCCUAACUUUCCAAGCACCUUAAUUUUGCCUAAAAAAAAAUUCUAGAAAAUCAAUCCUGUUGAUUUUUUACAAACAUUUCUCUUCCCUGACAUAUCACAUCAACUACCUCCACUGAACCUGGGGAAGCUGGGCUUAGAGAAACUCCAGGUGUGAACGUUGUGCAGGUGUAGCCCGCAAAAGUUGCGCUAACUGCACAGGAGGGAAGAUGCUGAGAUUUCCUGAGAAUCCAAGGCCUUUGCCAGAAACUGGCGAAGACUUAGUGUGGCCGAGGCAUCUGGAACUCCAUCACAUCAUGCACUGAGGGCCGUGGGAGAGUCCGUCUCCCACAUCUGGUUUCCAUGGCGUCUCAGCGGCACCUUCACCUUCUCAGCGCCGGGCUAGCAUAGUCUUUCCAGACCAGAAACUCCUUUCCAGUGAUACAGUCGCAUAAGUAAAAUCCCUCUAGCACAGGAGCAGUGGGCACGUCUGCAGGGUAAACGGCCUUUGAAUUCAUGGCGGGCGCCCGUGUGCUUGUUGGCGGCAGUAUGACCCCAGUGUGGAAGGGGACUCUGGCCAAAGAAGGUCCUCGGAAGGAAAACGGAAUCGCUUUCCCCUUCUAGAAUGCCGUGAACCCGGAAUCCAGGUCUCCUAAUGAAAGACUGUAUUUUUUGUGGACAGAUUCAUUCAUGUCCUUGAGCCCCAGUUUCCCCACCUGUAAAGAGCAGCACGAGAUCGUCCUCAAGGUCACGUUCAGCUCUGAAAGGUUCUGAGAUUCCUAGGUUGUGUUCCAGAACUUCUUUUUCCUAUUUAAGAGAAUGAGGAAGGUGCAAAUUUCAGUCACAUGCAUUUGAUUUGCAAGUUCUUAGAGGCCUCUUUUUCACCCUCAGAUCCCUUUUAGUAAACACAAUUGAGGUAUUUCAAAUGUAAUUUUACGUUUGCCUGUUUUACACCAAUGUGGCGUUGCCUUCCAGAUUAAGUUACUUAACCAGGGUCAAACUUAGCCUUUAUAAAAAGUCUUUAUUCAGUUUCAAGGUAGACUUGCCUGUAUGAAUGUCACACGUAGGAAGACACACGUGGGAACAGCCUGGUGAAAUAGAGAGUUGGGAAUAGGAGAAGUCCUGGACCAUGCCUCAGAAUUACAUCAGCUGAGGCCACUGUUGAAAGAUUUUUCCCUCCAGGUGAGUCCUUCCAGUCGUGGGUCUGUGAGCCCAAGAAGGACAUGCACACGGGUAUUUUUUCAAGGAUGCUACCUGGAGUGCGGUGAGUACACUGAGGUCACCACCGCAGGAUAAUCUGAUUCGGAGCACCUGAGGCCGUAUCCAGUGAGGAUGUCGACCUGGAAAGCUGCUUUCAUCAGUCUUCAAGUGUCAGCGAUGCCCCUCGCUCCAGCUCUCUCACCCUAAACCCUCGGCAGCAUAGACCCAGACGCUGCAGUUUGGGUCUCCAGAUGCUUCCCCUCUGCUUUUUGCUAUAGGGAAGAUUGCAUUGCUUAUUGCAAUGGCCCAAGAAAACAUGCAAGCAACUUGUUGAUUUUAUUUUUCUAAGUAGGUGCCGUUAAGAAGUGUGGGGCGGGGGGCGGUGACGUGCUACCUUUCAUACGCUGGAAUUUAAACCAGGCCGACUUCCCAAAUCUACUUCUUUUAAGUAAUUUCUGAAUGUAAUGACUCAGAUCUUCCUUUCGUCUGAUCGCGCUUCUUCGUUUAGAAGGACGGAGGAAACGUCGGAUGAACGAUGUGCAGCCUUUGCAGUUGUUAGUAGAGAAGGAAAUGGAAGUCCAAAGAAUAUCACUGUUACAUGGAACUGGGGAGAGGAAGGGCCUCCGCUGGGUCCUAGUGCCCGCUUCGCGGAGGCGUCAGGGCCUGGGUCUGCUGACCAGCCCUGUCUCGGGAGCCGUGCUCCUCUGUCCACGUUCAUAGCAUUUUGUGCCUCCUACCCUUGCUGGGUAUCAGCUCGAGAAUUAAAUGCUUCAAAAGCUCCUGUGUGGGUGACAUGGGAAGGAAAGAAAUCAGGUAAACAUUUUACAUAGAAGAUGCUGGAAUCUGAUUGUCACCUUGUGGGGAGGGGCUUCAGAACCAAGAAAUAGGACUUAAGCUUUUAGGUAAAAACUCAUCCUGGAGACCCACAAAAAGGUCAUUUUCCCACCUAAGAAAGGCACUGCCAGGAGGUCAGGGGCAGGCUGAGUCCACGGGGUAGAAAGCCCGCCGGUGGGUUCACUGAGGAGAGAACAGCUUGGGCCUCAGUGCCCCGAGCAUCCUUCCUUGCCGGGUGGCCCGGGAGCUGGCUGGAUGCCUUACCCACGCCUCUGUUCACUUACUCAGCAGACGUGUGUUGACCCAUCCCUGCAUGCUUGACGUGGCCCAGGCACAGGGGCUUGGAGCUCAGAGCGGGCUCGCCCUCCAGUGCUGGCAGGCCGCAGGGUAUCUUGUUCUGCAGACGCAGGGGCUUGGAGCUCAGAGCGGGCUCGCCCUCCAGUGCUGGCAGGCCGCAGGGUAUCUUGUUCUGCAGACGCAGGGUGCCGACGCUGGAGAGGGUCCGUGAGGCCCCGGGUCCAGGGCCGGGAAAGGGCCCACGUCGGACCCCAAAUUCUCUGUUUUUUGUUUUGCCGUAUUGCCUCCUGUUCAUAGUGUGCGAAUGUACAGGAAAACACUUUGCGAGGUCUGAAAUGCAAUACUAGGUUAGCUCUGGACUUGCUGUCAUCAAACGGACAGCUGAGAUGGGGGGUAGCCUGUGCCCCUUUCCUCAACUGCCUGGCGUAGGGGUGUCCCGAGCUGGCCUGGGGGCCCAGCUUCUUACCCCCCGUCUCAGUGGAGAGGUGCCUUCCUCUGCCUUCGCUCAGCCUUAGCUUCUUAACUCAGCGCACCAGUGGGCUGACUGGGGCCCGAGAGGGGCUGGUGUGUGUGUGCGCGCGCAUGCGUGUGUGCCUAUGAGUGUGUGCAUGCACACACGUGUGCACACACACGAGGGCACGUGCCAGCUCGAUCCGGGUAUGUAUCUCAUAGUAUUAUCUGUGGUGUUUCUAAAUCGUCAAUCGUCCUUUACUGCAAGAAAGAAAGAGAACCUUCCCUCACCUCAUGCCUGCCGAGCAGUUGGUAAAGUGUAGUCAGAACCCACUAAGUCUUUCAGCAAAUACCAGCUCAAUUGGAAUGUGACAAAAACCAAAACAAAACAACCCAGCAGGGCGGAGGGUGGUGCAGCGUGUGUGGCUAUAAAGUUAGAUGCUCUGGAGAAAUAAGACUGCUAAUAAAAUAUUUAUGUAAAACUUUUUACCUGUGUUCAGUGUUAAAUACUUCAGAUUCAAAACUGGCUUGAACGGUACCAGGCAAAGGGGAAUUUUAGGUUGUAUUUGGAACAUCUUCGUUGUACGUCUAGCGUGGGUUCUGGUUCAUUCCUCAGUGUUCUGGUUCAACACCCCACUGUCAACAGUCACCCUUCUCUCUCAGUAACUUGCACGUUUUAGGUUGAACUGUCUUAAAGUUUUGUGUUUUUCCUCCGCUCUCCAGCCUCGUCCCCCAUCUCUUCCCUCUUGUUAAUGUCGGCCGGGGCUUUAAGAAAUGCCCGGAGCCCAGAUGCACGGGCCCCACGUGUGCCGCCCUUGCCGUGGUCCCCGGGGACACGGGCCCUGGGUGGGAGGACCUAGGAGCCGGGCGUAGGGUGUUGUCUUAGCUCAGCUCUGGUGGGUGAACUACACUGAGCCGCGCUUCCGAGAGCAGCGCGCUCAGGGCCAGGCUGUCACCCCCGGCUUGCAUUCCUCCUCAGGGACACAGGGCAGAAUGCGGUGCUGGGCCAACUCCCAGAGUUCACGGCCCCUGCAGUCCCGCCAAGCGACAGGGAGAGAGGGUGCGGGGAGCCUCAGCGAGCACCCUGGGGUGGGGCAAGCUCACGAGGCUCCCUCAGCCUCCUCUCUGCACCCCUCCUGCCCUGCGGACCCCGCCCUUCUUCUGUGCAGCCUCCAUUAAGGUCAUGGUCCUUCAGGUCCGGGCACUGGGCCUCCUGCCUCAGGGAGAUUCCCUGGAGUCUGCCAAAGCCAGAUGUUCCUGACGUCCCUGUUGGCGCGCCUCCCUGGGACCAGAAGCAGGAAUACGUCGGGGAGCCCCGCACCCCCAUUGCACAGUCCAGUUUUCACACCUGCAGGCUCCGCUCAGCCUGUGCUGAAAACCCAGCCUCCUGGGCAAGAAGUGGGCGUGAAGGUGAUGCGCUCACGCCCAUCCUUCUGCAGGCCUAGCCUAGGUUUUCUGUUAACUAGCGCGUAUCCUUCCCUUCUCCCCAUCUUUAAGGAAACGAGGGUUUAGCAUCAGCUUAAUUUUUUACGUUACCUCUGAACAGUCCACUUGGAAUCAUUCCUCAGACUGACAUUCUGUGGCCUGCUCGAGCGGACCCUGAGGUCAGCCAAGUCUACAAAUGACUAAAGUGAGCACAGGUCAGGCGCAGAGCUCCUGACCCCCUCCCUGUUCUCAAAAGAGUCCCGUGGUGUCAGAAAGGAGAAAGUACCCCAGGCACACUGGCCAUCGCAUUCUGUCCAGCCAAGGGGUUAUCACCGGUGGGGUCAUGGCUUCAGGGCUUUUCCACAAUAUAAUGACCAUUGUAAAGCUGAAGGGAAAGGAACAGAAGCACAAAAGUGCCCUCGUGUUGUCACAGGCUGGGCGGAAGCCGAGCCCCGCUUUGGGAAGGAGGGUGGUGGGAUGUGCGCACACAGCUGGAGGGCCCGGCCCACCGGUUCCCAGGGAGACACGCCAAGCCAGGGACGUGGCCACAGGAACGUGUGAGUUCGUCCCUGGGGUUCGUGGUUUGACCCAGAUGUUGGAAACGGCAUGAGCCCAAGACACACGAGCGAAAAAUAGCAAAGCCGGAAGCGAUUACGUUCAGCUGACGUUUUCUCUCAGUGGCGUGGCCCCAUCCCCCGCUUGGUGUGUCUGAAUAAACGUGAACGAGAACCCUGUUGAUCACCUGUGGGUGCCUUUGGCCUGUACUUUGCACGUGAAUCUAACCGUGGCCGUGAUGCUGUAUACAGUUAAAUGGUAUCUCCUCUGUCCACUGAUGUUCGGACAUCUGAUUCUGGGGAACUUGUAAGCCACCUGCUCGUCCCUCUGCAGGACGGGAGUCAUCCCUCACCUGCAGCAGGUGCCAAGGUGAGCUGGGACGGAGACGCUGAGGCUUGGCUGGCAGGCGUCGGAGUGGUGACGUGUGACCCUCCCUGCCACCUGCUUGGGGGCCAGUUCUCAAGUCCCGCAGGGCAUCUCCUGGAAGGAGGGUUCGGGGAGCCCUUGUUGCCAGCCACUGGGAGGGGAGCGUUCUUUCAUCUCACCUGCCGUGAGGUGACUGUCCAGCCUCAGCCCCUUUCUUCCAUCACAGCCCUGGAUCAGCGUGGUGGAGCUUUCGAGAAAACAGUGUUUACCCAACAGGGCUUUGCUGAAGCAGAGGAAGCAGCAGGCUCGUGCAUUUCUUGGGGAGAAGUUAUCAAACCGACCUCCACGCUUGAGGCCCCAGCACGUGCUCUCUUGUGCUGGGUGGAAUGGAUCUGGCCUUGAAGGGAAAGGCUGAAAGUCAUGGGUACCUGGGUCAAGGUUAAGGUCCCUAUAUUCAUGGGUUCCUGGACAUCCGAGGUGCAACCUGAUCUGAAAGGUACCACGGUUGGUUUCUAUGUCAGUGGCCAUGGUAGAUAUUUUGUUUUUAUAUCUUUACAUGUUUUCACAAUUCUGUCAUCACGUACCUUGGGGGGUCUCUUUUCCACAACCUUUGGAACACAGGUUGCCCAAGCUUCAUCAUAAAUAUCUCAUUUCAAGUCCUCGGCCAGUGAAAGCUGGUAGCCGAAGGUCCUACCAUCCAAACCGCUAACAAAAUGGACCACCCACCCCACACAAGGAGUUUUCUGUUUCUCUAGUCAAAUGCUCCCUGGGGAAGGGGGUGACCAGAAAUGAGUUUCUCCAUGGAAUGAGUAUGUUUCAAAAGUGAGCGUGUGUAGCUGACCCCCUCACCCAGGUUUGUUUUUCCUUUGCAGACCUAGCGGCUUAAUACCUGCUCGUAGCUGAGUCUGAAUCGCUGCCUUUUCCUUAACGGUUAGCUAGUUAACAUUUUUCCUCUGUUCUUCCUUCCAAAGCAAGAGUCAAUGCAAAUAACACUUUGAAUCAUCGUGUAAAGAUGUGCAUAUGUCUGUAUAUCUAAUGCGUAACUAUGUAAUGUCUGGUUUUUAUAACGCUGUGCGGAUAACCUUACAUUGAUUUAGCCACGUGACUUUAGGAAGUACUGUGCUCGCACGCUGGGAGAGGUGUGCACUGUCCCAGGUGAGAACAUCUAUACAUACGUGCACAUGUAUGUGUGUGUGUGUGUGUGUAUAUAUAUAUAUAUAUAAUAACAGCGGCCCCCUCGGGUACUUGUCUCCUUGGCUGUUUCCCUCGGGUCUAUUGGAACAUAGGCCCGAGCAGACCCUAACGUGUGAGCUUUCUGACUCCACAGACCGUGGUCCUGCUUGUAUAUUUCUCCAGAAAUCUCCUUAGAAAAUUUGUACGUGCAUUUUUUGCAGAUUUGAACACUGUUUUCUGAAAUUAGAUGCCAUUUAUGAGAAUGUGACAUAAAUCAAA